GAAAGGUCACAGCGCGGCGGCGGGUCUGGCUGGCGGCAGCUGCGGGCGGGAGCUGAGUGUCCGGAGUGCACGUGUGGAGAAGCGACGGCGGCAGCAGCGCGGCGGCGGCAGAUCUCCCCGCGUCUUCUAGAGCUUCAGGGCCUGGCUUGGCUUUCGAGGCCUCGUCGUCCCCUCAGCCAAGAGGCCGGCGUGUGAGGUUGAGUGGCCUGAGCUUAGGGCGCGGAGAGCUCGGGGCGACGAGGACGACGGCGUUGGUGGCGGCUGUAACGACGGCCUCAGCAGACGGAGAAGAUGAAAGGCCGGAUCGAGCUGGGAGAUGUGACACCCCACAAUAUUAAACAGUUGAAGAGAUUGAACCAGGUCAUCUUUCCAGUCAGCUAUAAUGAUAAAUUCUACAAGGAUGUACUAGAGGUUGGUGAGCUAGCAAAACUUGCGUAUUUCAAUGAUAUAGCUGUAGGUGCAGUGUGCUGCAGGGUGGAUCAUUCACAGAAUCAAAAGAGACUUUACAUCAUGACACUAGGAUGCCUUGCACCUUACCGAAGACUAGGAAUAGGAACUAAAAUGUUAAAUCAUGUCCUAAACAUCUGUGAGAAAGAUGGCACUUUUGACAACAUCUAUCUGCAUGUCCAGAUCAGCAAUGAGUCAGCGAUUGACUUCUACAGGAAGUUUGGCUUUGAGAUUAUCGAGACUAAGAAGAACUACUAUAAGAGGAUAGAACCCGCAGACGCGCAUGUGCUUCAGAAAAGCCUCAGAGUCCCAUCCGGUCAGAGUGCAGAGACACAAAAGACAGACAACUGAACACAUCUCAAAUGAACUCUCUUGCACUUGCUUGUCGCCAAAUAAAAGAAAGACAGACCCACUGGUUCCCUUCCCCCUUUCUUCAGCUUUCCUCCUUUGUUACUCCUUUUUUCUUUCCUCUUACAGUUUUUAAUACUUUCAUGGACUCUUAAAAAUGAUCAUGUUUGGAUUGUUUUAGUUCUCUUACUUUUGUGAGGUGGUUGAAGGAAGAAGAAGAUAGAUCUCUAUAAUUUCACAGUUAAGAUGUCCCCAAAAUUGGGUGUCAGAUGAUUUUAAAUUUUUAACUGAAAAAAAAGUGUUUUUUUUUUUUUAAACCAACAUCCUGCUUUCACAUUGAAGGGCAGAGCCUACUAUACUGUUUAUUUCAAAAGACAAAGCAGCAGCAAUAUCUUGUGCUCUAAUUCAUAGACAAGCUUAGUGGAUUUGUGGUACUUUGAGUUUUCAAGACCGUCUGUGGGGUCCUAUCCCCAGCAUUGCCUUCACUCUACCUUUAGUCCUUUGAGCACUCUCAGGAGUUGGACCAUUGUUAUCCUUGUGAGAAGAUACCAUGCUUAUUUAGGUUUUUAAAGCAAUUUUUUCUAUUUGCUGAUUGGUGGGACAGUUUGUAUAGGUAGUAUUAUACUUUGGUCAAAGAAUUUCAAUUAAACUGCUCCCCCCGCACCCCCUGCACCCGCCCCCCCCCCCUCAGGCUGAGGAAUGGGUUUCUUGUUAGCAGGGUUUUUUUUUUUUUUUUGCUUUGUUUUUUUUUUUUUUUUUUGCUUUGUUUUUUUUUUUUUUUUUCCUUCUUUCCUGCUGUUAAUCUUGUUACUAGAGGAAUUAACUGGUAGAGUGUGGGCUGGUGAAAUUAGCUGUUUUAAUAUCCCAGCUAGAGAUAUGGCCUUUAACUGACCUAAAGAAGAUUGUUAUAAUAGAUUUUGUUUUCUCUUGUUUUUCAGUAAGCCCAAUAAUAGUGUAACCUUAUAAAUGGAGUUAUGCCCUUAUAAGUCAAUACCCCUAAAUAAACCUGAAGCAAGUGUUUUCUCUUGGACAUACAGAAUUGCAUUACAUAAAAAGCUUAGGUGGACAUGUAACAAACACAUAAAGUGUAUUUAAUGUCAACUAAUACAGAUUGUUAAAAGUGUGGCCAUUGAGCAUUUGAUAAUAUAUGAAAGAAUUUCUAGACAGUAUUUUUGAAAAUCACAUUGUUAUGUUAUUGCUUAUCUGUUGGAGAACAUCCCAGAUUUGCUUACACUCUGUGCCUACAAUGUUGAGUUUGAGGAUUUGGAAUAAGAGGAAUCAGUAGAAAAAUUCCUUCUAUCCUUGGAACAAUAGAAGUAUAAAGUAUUAAUACAAAUAUCACUGUGACCUUCAGUUGACAGGUUUGGUUGAGACCAGAUCAUCUUCAGGCACACUAGGAGUGGCUCUGAUGGAUUGAGAGCUGUAAUAUGGAAACAUGUGAGAUACAUUUUCCUCACAUUGUGCUGGCUCAAAUACAGAAUUUCUUAAAUUGUUAGUAGUCAUCAGUGGCUCAAGAAAUGUUCUCAUUAGACUUUAAAACAGUACAGAUUGUGUGUUAUCUUUCAUUUGACUUUAAAAGGAAGUUUGAUACAUCAUAUUAGUAAAUUGUGGUAUGAAAGUCUCAUUUCCAAAUAGGUUAAAUGAUAAAAUUAUCUCACAAGAUGGUUAUGCAUACCUUAUAACUCUUACAUUUUUAUUUGAGAAUGUGAAAGUACGUAAGGUGGACUUCAGUUGUCUUGAGUGCCAAGAAAAUAGAUAAGGGGUGGGAUGGAUGGAUGGAUGGAUGGAUGGAUGGAUGGAUGGAUGGAUGGAUGGAUGGGGUAGAAACUGUAGAAAUACCAUGCUUGUUUCUUGGGUACAGUUUCCUAAACAGUCCAGAUCUAAGCUCAGAGGUUUAGUGUUCAGCACCUUUACUUUCAUGGAUAAGCUUCAGCAUGCUCUUGCCAAGAGAAGAGGGCAUAGAUGACAGCAUAAUUUAGUUUGACAAAGUCAGCAAUUUUGUAAACUUCCUGAUAGCAAAAUAGAUUUUGAUAUAUAAAAGUUUUCUGAGAUGACACUGCCUCUAUUUCUAUAACCAUUUCACUUGGACUAUCUGAGUAGUCCUAUGAAUGUAUCCCUAAAUGUGGUUAUUGAAAAACCGAACAGCUGCCUCACAACAACUAAGUACAUGUUAUUUAAAGAGGAGGAGCAAAUAAUAAAGAUUGAUUUGAAUGUGUAGGCUCCCAAUUACUAUAGCUUCUUUUCCAUACUAGUCAGUGAUUUAACCUAAAAUUUAAGUGUAUGUAAAAGGGUCAGUUGUCCUGUAUCAAAGUUACAUUAAAUAAUUCCAUCCACUUACAUAUGGGGAAGAUGGGAAAGAGGUGGAAACGGACUGGUCCAUGUGCCUGUGAGUCAGGAAGUACUACAGUAAUGCCCCAUGUUGACUUGGUGGGUUGAGUUUUGAUUUGUUUGGGUUUUUUCUUUGUUUUUAAACAUAAAAAUAAUCUUUGAGGUAAAACUAAUUCUGUUAACUGGAAGAUAAUGGGCUGUCUUCAUCAUUUUUCAGGACAGAUCUUUUUUUUUUUUUUUUUUUUUUUGUGGGGUAAAUAGGUUAAAACUAUUCUGUAUGCUAUUUGAAUUUAGGUUCUAAAGUAAAGAGUCCGUAGAGAAAUCUAUGCAAUAUGUAAUUUGUCAAGAUUGAUUUUCAUCUGGGGAAAGAAGUUACUAAGUAUCUCCACAGCAGGUCACCCAUUCACUGAGAGUCCUCCAGAAAGAGAGCUAUGGGAAGCAUGGUGUGUGGUGGUGGAAAAGAAACUCCCUCAGUUUUUGGAGGGAAUAACUUAAAAGAUACUUAAGUGGCUACGUUUACUUGGUGCAGUUAGGAAUUAAACUUGUCAAUUUUAAUGUUGCUGUUACAUCUAAAAUAAACUUAUGUGAUGUUCUGGUAGUGAUCUGUCUGUAAAUGUCAUGAAAUCAUUAUUGUGCUGAGUUUUACAGUCUGCAGCUGUGUCAUUGUUGUGUACUGUGAUCCAUACUGUUUUAUAUUUCUUCUAAGGCCUAGUUUAAAGCUCAUGAAUAAUCAAGGUAUGCUAAUUCAGACCUCUUGGAAUUGGAAAAAGACACUGGUCAAUAUAUCCGUAUUUUAUUCUCAGUGAAAGAAAAAUAUCCCCAGGGAUGAUUUAUGCCAUAUUUUGAAUAAAAUUAUUAUAAAUAGAACUUUAGGCUUUGUUCUAGUGAGUAUGAACUGUAAAUGUGCAUAUUCUGAUCUAUUCCUUUUGUAGCGAGGAUUUUAGUAAUUGAGCGAGUGGGGGUUUUUUAUGUCAAAUAUAUACUUUGAAAUAUUUGUCUUAGCAGGAUUAACAGUGUUUAAUAUAUCUGGUCAAGAUGGUCUGAAUUAGCAUUUUGUUUAUUCCACAAGAAACAAUGGAUGGUCUUAUUUACCAUAUCACUCCCAAAAUUUAGCAGUUUAGAAUAACAGAUUUGUUGUAUCGUAUAGUUUUCCAAUCAAGCAAUGUGGGACAUAGCCUGUUAAGUCUGACAAAAGAUCUUACAUUAAGUGUCAGCCAAGACUGCAUUUUCUUGAGGGUUUGACAACAGCUACUUCAUUUCACUUAGGUCCCAGUUUCUCAGUAUGUAAGUAUAUCCAUUGGGUGGCCUAACCCAAUAAUCCUGAAUCUGUUGUAGAAACCAUUUGGAACAAAGCAUUCAUAUAAACUACUGCUUAACAAAGCCUAGUCUUAGUAAGUUAUGGUCUCUCUGUUUUGAUGAAAGCUUAAAUCUAACAAUUGGAAAGGUAGUAUUGGAUAUUUUGUAAUUUUAUGAACCUUCAGUUAACUCAAAAUUCAAGACACAUGAAUUAAGUAUGGAUUAAAACAUGUUAAUAGCUAU